CGUCAAAUAUGAAUUCCAGUGCUCAGCUUUCAGCUAUAAACAUGUUGGUGAUCAUCUUGUAAGGAUAGAGAGACUGAAAAAAUAAAAACAAGUAAGAAAUAUAGGAACAAAACGGUAGAUUGAAAAGACUCCGACAGAACUCCUACAAACAGACGAAUUUCCUCCUUUCUGUGAGUGUAAGCAAUGAAAAUCACUUGCGACUGAACGGUUGCAAAGAAGUGAAAGCUCCUGAAAUUUCUUCUCAAUUGAACUGCAAGAAACAAUUUAAUACUAUCAUUCACCUUGGCAAGCGCUAAAAUUGUUGUACCCCAAGUUUAUGAUUGGCACAACAGGAAUAUACCGCUUGAUGAAUUGGGUUCCAUAAAAAAAAGAAAAGCAAAAUACGGAAGAGAAAAAAUUCUUUUCAAAUUCUUCUCUUCUCAUCUCGUCUUCUUUCUACUCCCCACUUCUGUCGUAACCCAAGUAACCCAGGUAGUUGCUUGUCUACUGAAACCUGUACUUUCUGAAACUCAAGAAAAUCAUCCAAACCACAGUCUAUGUGACUUUCCCUAGAGCAUGACAGCUCCCUGUACAUAUAUUAAAAACUUUUCUCCAAUUGAAAUUCGUCCGUUGCCGCAUUUGGAUUUUCAAGCUGGCUAUAAUGGAAUCCCUGCAUCAGCUCCUAGAAUCGUAGGCCUUGUGCAAGUACGAAGCAAAGAGAUUCAUCAACCAUUGUCUAUUAUACAAGUUGCUUUGGAGCUUUGGAAAAUCGAAUCUGUUGCCGUUCCUUCUUUAGGCGUGAGCAAUCAUUUGUCUGAACCAAAGCGGUUAGUACAACAAGUCUUGUUUCCUCCUCCUUCUAAAAAAAAACAUACUACACCCCUUCGCCUUUCCGAAAAUUCCGAAGCCAGUGACGACCUUUUGUCUCCUUCGUCUAAUACUUCCUUUUUUAAUGAACAUUUUUACGAGUCUUAUAUACCCGAUCAACCUGUCUCACAUCGUUCCUCAAACCAGCCGCCCAUACCCCCUCCACACACUCAAAAUGUGUUCCGAAGUAGUUCACUGCCUUCUCGUGUUCUUAGCCAAACUUCAGACAAUUCGUCAUUGCCCGCCUCAUCGCUCUUAACAGACUCACUUAGGUCACCUACAAAGUCCUCUUCAGCUUAUAGAAUAUGGUCGAUGGAUUUACCGUUUGAAAUGAAGUAUUCUGAGGGAGAAGUGCUCACUCCGACAUUCGACCUUGUUCGUUCCGGUAUUUCUUGCUCAACAACAUACGAGAUGCGGGCUAUUCUUACUCUUUCUGGUUUAGAAGAUGUUUGUACUUGCGUUCCGAUUGUCAUUCAUCGUUACGACACGCUCUCCUCUUGGGGUAUGUAUAAUUCACCAAUCUAUAUAAAAGAAGCAAGCAUAGACAAUAGAGUCAUCGUGGAGGCAUCCAUUCCAAAACAAUGUAUUGGGCCUAUGGAUUUGCUUACGGUGUUCAUAUCCAUUAAGCCUUCUAAUGGAUCCAAGAUCCGAGUGCAGCAAUUGUCACUGUCUUUGGUGGAAUGUGUCACUGUUCGUCAUCCGUCUUCUACCUCCUCGCCUAUUGUUCGUACAAAGAAAAUACUUAAAGCUGAACAAGAUCUUGACGAUGUGCGCUUGGGAAAGGAUGGUCUUUCGCAAACGCUGUCAAAAGUGUUUCCUGAUCCUGACUUGGAUGAUUCCUCUAUACAAGGGUUCACUACUUCUUCUGAUCUCUAUAAUGUCACUUACAUGCUUUUACUAAAGGUGAGGCUUUAUCGUGCUAGAAAUGUCGAAAUUUCUUAUCCCAUCACCGUUUCUCCUGUCGCUCGUUCCGCAAGUUCUUCUAUCCUAGGUGAUAUUCAAACCAGGGUUUUAGAUUCCCGGCAGUCCCUAACCGGCUCUGUACUAGAUACUACUUGCAAUAUUGUCCGUGCCAAUGAUUCUACAAAAAAUAACAUGUAUAGUUAUUCAGAGGAUCGUAUGGUACUUUUGGAUUAAAAAUGAUGAUUUUUUGUUUUCUAUGUUCAUAUUUAUUUAUGUUUCUGGGUUGUUAAUGGUUUGAUAUUUCCUUGUCAUCAAUAGAAAUUGCUAUGUUUGUUACCGACACUCACAUUUCUCUAACUAAUCCUCAUACAUGUUUUUCCUGCAUUUCCGUAAUAACGUUUUUCUUUUACAAGUACUCAUGAAUAUCAUCAACCUUAAGGACGCAUCUCAUGUUUGUGGAGCUCUAUUUCGAAAUCGUCAACAAAAUGAAUUUCUCCGAAUGAAAUAGUUGUACAAGUUUCAUAGUCAAAAUAAAAAACCUAUAGCAAAUAUCUUUAGUUACAACUACGAAUCAGUUACCAUGAAAGAUUAUGUUCUAUUCUUGGGCUAAUGAAGGAUCUUAAUGAAGUAG